AUGUCGCGCGAGAUCGCUCCAUCAUUCGACACGCUUCAAACCAACGAUCCAUCUCUCGACACUGUGAUUCCUUCCCUCGAUGGAUCCACGACGGCGCCUCCGGUAUCGGCCCAACCAGAAGCAGUCUGGCGUGAGCUGCCCGAUGGAACCACCAAAGCCACCAUGAAGAUCGGCACAAGCAUCUAUUCAGCCGUCUUCUCUAAAAACCACUCGUACACUGCCCGGACUCGCUAUUCCGAGGUCGAAGGCGGUGAUGCUACCAUCCAAGUCUUUCUGAGCACCCGCGGUCCCUCACCACUUUCUGCCGAAUUCACAGAAUUCGCCGAUGGCAAGACAUCCAUUGUCACCUUCCACGUCAAUGACCAACAUCUCGAGCCAGUAUACGCCAGGACUACCCACGGAGACUUGGAGGCAGGUGCCAUUGCAUUUGUCAAGGAGUACUUCGAUGCGAUCUAUGUGGAAGGCAAACCUCAAACUUACAUGGGAGACUUCCUGCGUUUCCAAAUAAGCUUUUACGCUUCGGAAAUCGGUUCGAUCUUUGUGCAGGAUAUCACAUGGCGACCGCGCAGACAAAGUGAUCUUGAGAGAGCGGUGAUGAAGGAAAUUACCGACGCCGGAUUCGCAAAGACUAUUCCGCUCCACACGGCUGAGGCCCAACGACAUCUGGCUCGUGCUAUAUGUAGACCUAAAUACAUAAGUCAGAAAUGGUUGGUACUAGAAGGCAGGGAACUAUCAUCUCAGUCCAAGAAAGACGUCCGCGCGCUCAUCGAAUUCAUGUUCAAAUAUAUCACGGAAGGGUAUUCGUCAAUGACAACAGAGAACCGGGAGCGAAUCCAACAGGCAGUGGAGAGUCGUUCGCGCCAUCCAUCGUGGCAAGGGGGAAUGCUGACCUCAGAAACAUCAGAAUUUCAGAAACGACUCAAGACUGCCGCUGGACGGCCCCUCCUUGCAUGGAAAGGGAUGCUCGCAUCUUUCUGGGCCGUUGCUCAUCACGGACCAUAA